CACACACAGUUUUCACCGCCGACACAAGACAUCACGAUUUUUCCUCGGUCCGUCCGGAUACACUCAGUCACCGACUGACUGCGGAUUGGGAAUAUCGUGCCGUGUGAGAGUUGGCUUUCGUCGCCGUGCUUGUAGUGGCCCAUCAAGUGGAAUGUGAGUGAAUAUACACAUUGGGUGAAACGGAGGGUGAUCCACAACCGAACGCAAAGGGGAAGAAGCCAGAGCACGAUAAUAAGAACCAUUGAGCAAUUCUGGUUAAAAAUGUGCUACGCGAAGAAAAUAAAAUAGAAAUUCGAGACGGUCGACGAUCAACGACGACGACGACGACGGUGCGGCGGCAGCAAAAUAAGAAAUCGCUUUCCUUCUCGGUCUACCGAGUCAAGUCAAAUCCCCGUGUUCGCUCAGUGUCAAAUAUUUUUCAUCCCGGUCGUCGUCCCAAGUCGGGCAUCUGGCUGAAGAGAGUGUCCCAUUCCCAUAUGUGUGCACGAUACGCACGCGAAAGUGAUGUGUCUGUGAAAAUUAGUGCUGCUGAAAUAAACUACCCGAACGUGUGAAUUUCUCGCGGGUUAUCCCGUUCCUGUGCUCGCCAAGGUUUUUGCAAUGAGAAUAUGGCCAAGUUUCUCCGAGAAGGUGCCGAAUAGCGUUGAAGAUUGUGCUUGUUUUACAGAGAAGAAAGAAUAAACAGGAGAUUGUAUGUGGCAAAUAGCGCAAAAGUUGUGCACAAAGUGAAGUGAUAGUGAAACUGAGAAGAGAAAACGUAAAGGUGCCAGUUGCAACACGUGGAGCUACCGGCAAAGAAAAAGCGGAAGCUUUCAGCGCUAGAAUUAAGAUUGCUUUCCUGUAGUUAACAGUAGAUAAUGACCGCUGCAGUUAUGGCGGCGUCCGAUGGCAGUUAUGAUCCAGUGAUUUCCAAACUCAUCACAUCCCUGAAGGAGGCGGACAGUUUAUCGGACGAGCAGGACCUGGGCUUUCUGCAGAACUUACUCCAGUCCAAGGAACUCAACGCACUCGUCAACGUUCACAGCAAAGUUGCCAAAAUCAACAAGGAUGACCGGAUAGCACCGCUCCUGUCGGCAUCCAUGCAGGUGCUGCUCGAAGUUUUAGAAUUACUAGCACCCCGGUGCCACAUCUCGCCACUGUGUAAGGAAGUAUUCCAUCUGCUGCAGACGCCACACUUGCAGAGCCUCCUGUUCGCACACGAUGCCAUAGCGCAAAAAGACUUCUACCCUCACCUGCCGGAAAUUCCCGUCGAAGUGGACGAAGACGAGGAAACCAUCAAAAUUGUACAGCUAGUGAAAAGUAAUGAACCAUUGUGUGCUGGAGCACAGAGUGCGGAACCAAUCGUAGGUGCCACAAUCAAAACCGACGAGGAAACGGGCAAAAUCAUAAUCGCCCGAAUUAUGCACGGUGGAGCAGCCGACCGGUCCGGACUGAUCCACGUGGGCGACGAGGUGAUCGAAGUUAACAACAUCAACGUCGAGGGCAAAACGCCUAGCGAUGUGCUGUCGAUACUGCAAAACUCAGAGGGAACGAUUACGUUCAAGUUGGUUCCCUCGGACGGCAAACUGGACCAGCGGGAGAGCAAAGUACGCGUGAAGGCGUACUUCGAUUACGAACCGGAGAAUGAUCCCUAUAUCCCUUGCAAGGAGGCCGGGUUGGGAUUCGGUCCGGGAGAUAUCCUGCAUAUUGUUUCACAGGACGAUUCCUACUGGUGGCAAGCUCGGAAAGAAGGCGAAAAGACAACGAGAGCCGGUCUUAUUCCUAGCCGUGCACUGCAGGAAAGGCGAAUCCUACACGAUCGCACUCAAAAGGAAACAAACGGCGAAGCCAAAAAAGGUUCAUGUGCCUCCAUCUGUUCGACACCACCGGGUUCGCCCAAUCCCAACAUUCCCUGUCGAGGGCCGAAAACUAAAAAGAUUAUGUACGAUACAGCGGAGAACGACGACUUCGACCGGGAGAUGAUCGCCACGUACGAAGAGGUGGCCAAGCUGUACCCCAGGCCCGGGGUGUACCGACCGAUCGUUCUGAUCGGAGCCCCCGGUGUCGGAAGGAACGAGCUGAAACGCCGACUGGUGGCGCGGGAUCCGGAGCGAUACAAGAGCUGUGUGCCAUAUACCACUCGACCCAUGCGUCCCGGUGAAGUAGCCGGACGGGAGUACCUCUUCGUGUCCCGUGAAAAGAUGGAAAGCGACAUUGCCAAUGGGAAAUUCAUCGAGUACGGCGAAUACAAGGGGCAUCUGUACGGGACGUCGGCGGAAAGCGUGAAGACUAUCGUUAACGCAAGCUGCGUUUGUGUUCUGAGUCCGCACUACCAGGCGUUGAAAUCGCUGAGGACCGCUCAGCUUAAACCGUACAUCGUGCACAUUCGACCACCGCCAUUCGACCAGCUGAAGCAAACUCGGACCAAGGCUCGCGCUCGGUCAACGUUCGACGAGACCAACUCGAGAGGAUUCACGGACGAAGAGUUCAACGAGAUGAUCAAAUCGGACGAGCGGAUCAACUUCCUGUACGGCCACUUUUGCGACGACGAGAUCGUCAACGGUGACCUGACGGAAGCGUUCGAGAAGCUCGUCCACCUGGCCAACAAGUCCGAAACGGAACCGCUGUGGGCUCCGGCCAGUUGGGUACAAUGAAGGCACAUCUGCUCUGCCGCCGCAAGUGCUGUCGUGACUGCUACUGCUGCUGCUGCUGCUACUUCUACUACUGUUGCCACUACCGAUGCCGCUGCUGCCGGGCCGGAGUUUGUUGAGCUUACUUGGGGAGAGCGAUCAGAAGGUGUUCGUAACUGUAAACCAAUUGAAUAGUUCUUUUUUGUUUUUGUUGUUUCCGCUGAUAGACUGGGUAUUGGGAGACGUCCUACUCCCUGGAACCGUCUAUGAAUAAGCGAUAUACGUUAUGUGCCGAAUAUGUGCUAGGAAGAACGCCCACCGCGAGAAAGGCGUAUGGAAGUUAACGAAAAGGCGAUUAGUUGUUAAACUAGACUUUAGUUGAAAUAUUAUUUUAUUUUGCUGUUUCAUAAAUUCAUAAAUGGUAAAUAUGAUGUUUUUGACUGUUGCAAUCUUUCGAGGCAGUAAAACCAUUUUCGGGUUUCUUGAAGUUCCAUAACGAAUUGUCAAAUAAGUGUAACGACUUCAGGCUUACCAGUUUCUAGGAUAUCCGGUAUGAUUAUGAAUUGGAAACGACAUAGCAUUUUAGCUGUUAAAGAAGAUUGCCAUCGUCAGAAACAUAUCCCCAUUUACCCCUAUAAACAAGAACCACAGUUGUAGAUCAACGUUUUAGAUAAGUUUGUAGCUCAAUUAUUUUCCAUGGGUUGAGAACUUCGAGUUCUCAACGUCCCUCAGACUACCAAACGUCCAUUCUUAGAGUAUUUAUAUAGGUUUGUCAUCGGUUUGUUCGCGCUAACAUAGUUUUUACUUUUUGAUUCAAACAUAGGUUCAAUUUCAUCAACCGACACAUACACCCAAAUAAUGUGCAGUUGGCAAUAAGGAAAUGAUUUGACUUGCUUCUAAAUGAUUGAGUAAUUUCUCCCUUGACAAGAAACGUGCCUAAUUUCGCUUAAAAAUUGAUAUGUUUUACUAGAAAUCACGAGAUUAAUCGAAACAAAUACCUUCUGGUAGGUCACGUUUGAUUAGUAUUCAGAUUCAAUGAACGAUAAACAGUAAAAGGAUACGUUUCACUGCCCAUUCAGAGUCAGUUUGGUUUAUGUAGGUAACACGAACAAACGUGGAGUAAACUUCGCUGGUUGAUUUCUUGAAACAAAUAAAUCCUCUGUUUCUUUUGUGACCUGCUUUUGAUUCUUGUUUUUAUUUUUCAUCGGACAUGUGAGAAGUUUCUUGAAACGGUAAUGAUUGAUAUUUUGCACAUUUGAAUAAACUAAGAUUUUAUGUUCUGUA